CUACAGCACUCAGGUCUACAUAUGUGGGGGAGUCGUUCAACAACCAUCUUGCCAAAUGAACAGCUUGUAGAAAGGGAGAAACAAAACAAUGUGUCCCCUCAGAAUCAUUCUCAUCUUCCUCUCUGCAACUCUCGCCGGAUUCUUCGUUCUACGGAACCUCAAAUCUCAAUCUAAUAUUGACCCCGCCGGCGCCGGCGCCAAUGACAAUCGUGCCGAUUCACCUGAAGGCUCAAAUUCGCUUCCUCUAUCCUCCAAGGUGUACGGCGCCAUUGGGAAAGGAUUUUGGACCUGCGUGGAUAUGGCUAGUGGAAAAUAUCUGUGGAGGCAUUUGGUUUCUUCUCCUUCUUCUAACCGCACUGAUUGAUCGAACAUUAUUGCAAUUUUCAUAUAAUGAUCGAGCUUAUCUUCAAUUUAAUACUCUCUCCUUUUUAAUGGUAAAUUUAGAGUUAAGCUUGCUUGAAAAACCUGUGAUCGUAAUGUUGGUAAUCUAUAAAAUGGUCCUGUAAUCUGUAUAGUAUAAGGUUCAUUGUCUGUGGAUACUUUCGACUAUCAAUGAUGAUCGAUUUUAAUGUGUUUGAUUCAACAACUUUAUCUGAUUCUUGGUUUUGGAAAAUUAAUUUGAAGUAUCGAAUAUUAUC